AUGGCUCGACUAGGUGCACCACCUCCUCUGUCUCGCGAGCCCUCUUCAAAGGCGGUCUCAUCUCUGCCCGCCGCCCGUGAAAGUCAGCGCACGCUCGUUCCAGACGGAACAAAGUCAAGCAACCGGCCGCGCUCUCGCUCGACUUCAAAGGCAAAAGAGGCCAAGAAGCCAGCACUCGCCACAGUCGACUGGGCAUUUGAUCCUGCGCAGGGAAAGUGGAUCGAAAAGCCUCCUGCUUUGCCGGCCAAAGAUCAGCGAUUGUCGACCGGAUCUGCCGAGACACUAUUCAUACAGGCUGAACGGAAACAGGAGUCCCCUGUCUUUGUGAUUCCUUCACCUAGCUCGCCAGCAUUUGUACCUGCAUCUGACAGACACCCGCCUGUUCAGCCCGCGUACGAUCCUGAUCAGCUUCCUCCUCUGCCUCUCAAGGUUGUGUCGACAUCUGGCGUGCUCGAGGACGACGACGACGAGCAUCUCCCGACAGAAUCAGACCUGUCCGACCGCCUACCCUUCUUCUUGGCGUCUCACUCACUACGCCGCAGCUCGACAGAUCAAGGCCCUCGAUACUUGGCGCCAGCAAUACAACUACAGCCUGCUCCUGGAUAUACUGCUAAGAACAUCCAACGCAGCUCUUCUCACACUGGUCAAUUGAGAGGCAACGGUCGCAAGAUGGGCAUGUCUCGUUCUGCACAUCACACACCGCCGGGCUCGCCACUGCAUGACAGGCUCAGCGCGCAGUCCUCACCUCUCUCGCCCAGUAGCAGCAGUCACUCACGUCUACUUACACCGCGCUCCUUUUUCUCCAAGUUCCAUAAGUCGCCGAAGACGCCGCAAGGCGAAGACGGCUUUGCACCUGGCUUCAUCAUGCAGCAAUCACUCUCUACGCGGAGCGGUCAAGAUGCUAGAUCCAUGUCGCGGUCCACGACGGCAAACAGUAUGUGGGGACAGUCCGCUGAUCCAGCCGAAGAGCUCUCGCCGAGACGAGGAGAUUCGAGGGACGUGUUCGGGAAUGCCAGUCCGAUCUUGUCCAGGUCGCAGCCUAUGUCGCCGGCUCUGAGCUCGAAGUCGAAGUCCAGCGGUCACCCAGAUAGUAGCGAAAGCGAGAUUUGCCCGGUUUGCAUCGAAUCGCUCAGUCUGAAGCUCUCCACAGAACGACAUCACAUUACGCCUCGAUGUGGUCACAGUCUACACGAGGCAUGCUUUGAGGCAGUCUAUGGCGAUGUGGCACAUGCGAGACAGACCAAUGCGUCGAUCGGGCUCUGCGGCGUUUGUCGAAGAGACAUGAAGCUUGGCGAUGCCUCGGAAGACGUGGAAGGUAUCAAAGAUAAAUUUGCUGCGAUUUCUGGUUUGCCAGACCAAUCACCACGUGCAGAUCCGACGACGUCGUUGCUGAAGAAGGCGUUGAAUAGCACAGUCGAUUCGUCUCGCUCGGAUCUGCAUAAUCCCGACGACGAUGAUCCUGUCCCAGCCCGACACGGCCUCGGUCUCGUGACGAGUUUAACGCAUCGAUAUGUGCCUACCUUGCAGCAGCAAGAAGGCCUAUCCGUGGCCAUCAUCAGCCGAGCUGCAAUGUCUACUUGCACGCCCAAGAUUACACUCAAGCCAGAAGACAAGACGAUCACAAGAUCAGCCUCGACGACAGAGCGGGCGCAUCUCACUUGCAUGGUCACGAUUGAGAUGCCCACUCUCAAGGCAGUACCCGGUCUCGCUUCGCCAGAGCAAUCGAACGACGCCAUCCAGAAUCGUCCGAGUCCGCCGUCGAGUGUGUCGGAUGGCUCAGGCUGCUCCUCUUCUCAGACAGACUAUGCAUCCACUGCAGCAUCGUCAGUACAAGCAUCUCCACCUCCCCGUGCGUCAAAGAUCCGCACAGAGAUCUCGCCUGCGGUUCUUCAAAAAGUCGUCGCAGAUCUAGUCGCACGAUCGGAUGAUUGGAAAGGUCAGUCGCCACUCGAGCUUGGCCCUUUGCGCCUGUAUGAGCCCAUCGAAGUGCGCAAGGAAGGCAUGGGCCGUCCAUUCUUACUAUAUCUAUUCCGGGACGCCCUUCUCUGUCUAUCCGAAGAGUCACUACCCAGUAAUGCGGCUCCUGAUGCUUUACCUGCACUCAGUCUGAAAGGCCGCAUCUAUCUCAAGCAUAUUGACAACGUCACAGUGACAUCAAGUAAAGCAGAUGGACCCAGUCUGACGAUACACAUGUCAGACGAGGCGAUGGAUCGAUUCAGGAUGUCCUUCAGAGAGUCAGCGACAAUGCAGCAAUGGCGACAAGAGCUCGAGGACCUCGUCAGCAAGCUGAACGCUCCACCGCCACUACCAGAUGCGCCCGUUCCUUCUGGUCCAAUGCCCACAAGACCGACGCGGUCAUCUGUACGUACUUCUGUUGCGCCGUCGCUAUCCAUUCCGCGUACCAGUCCUGCCCUGUCCGAGAACGCGAUGUCGCCCAGACCACAUCCUUUCAGUGACAAGCAGAACAUUGCCGAGAUGCGUCCAAACGGGCUCAAUGGCAGCGCGAGCCUGCUCGAUGUAGCGACGCAUCAGACCUUGCUGCAGGCUGACCCGACCGAGCUGCCGCCGCUGGAUCUCAUGAUGAUCGUCUCUGUGCCAGCUCAGGGCGCCACGACGAGCCUUGCAGCCGCGACAGCAGCACUCAAGCUCAAAAUCUUGCGCAAUUGCUUGCGCUUUGUCGUCGAUACCGCCGGUCCCAGAGCUCGUCUCAGCAUCGUGACUUACACUGCAGGCGAAGGAGCGCGUGGCUGCCUGCACAAGUGUCCCUACAUCGCAACCGGGACUGAGUCAGGACGGACGAAGAUGCUCGAUUUCAUCGACAGGAUAGGCAAAGAAGAUCCCGAAACAUCCGCGCAAGUCUAUCAACGGGACGAGCAUGUCAAUGUCGGCGCAGCUGUCAAUCUCGCCCUUGAUGUGGUGAUGCAGCGUCAAGUCAAGUCGCCUCAUUCGGGCAUCAUACUCAUCAACGACGGCACAGAUAUUGCUAUCGGUCCACAGAUGGACCUCGCACUAGCUCGCACUGAGGCUGCAAGUCUGCCCAUACAUACGCUCGGCUGGGGCAAAUCGCACGAGCCUACAUCGCUCUACCUUCUCUCGAAUUCUACAGGAGGCAGCUAUACCUUUGUGCAAGACUGGUACGGGCUUCAAGACUGUGUCGCAGGCUGCGUAGGCAGUAUGCUGUCUGUCGUUGCAAGUCGGGUCCGAUUACAUCUGGGCGUCUCGGCUUCCGACUUUGUCAUCCGCAAGGUCGCGGGAAUCUCAGGCGCAAUCGUCUCGGCAGACGGCAAACAUGUCGAUGUCGAGCUGUCAGAGCUCCGUACCGGCGAGAAGCGCGACUUGCUCGUCGAGCUCGAUCUUCAGGGCGGCAUCGAGGAACCCGUCGCACCUCAGCAAGGCGUGACGACUUAUACGCAUCUGCCGCGAUCAUCGAGCAUGAAUCAUCUCAACUCGCACAUCGAGCCGCUCUCAACAGGCACGAGCAGGUUUCUGAUGAAGCGGGGCGGCAUGACUCUGGGCGCGCUGGAAGAUCUCGAUGUAGGCAUCAUACCAAGCGGUCCUCUCAACAUGCAAGUCAGUCAGGAGAUUCCAGUCUUCGAAGCCAACAUUACGUGGAUCGCACCCGGUUCGGAACCGAGUACGGUCCAUCGCUCGAUACGACCCGAGCUGCUGACGAUCUCUGUUGUUUCGGCACGAGCAAACACACCCUCGCCUUCGCCUGGACUAGAGACGUGUGAUCCCAGCAUCGUUCGGCGUCGGAUGGAGCUUCUCACUGCCGAUAUGAUGACGCGGUGUUUGCUGCUCAUGGCUCGCCGGAGUACGGCACAAGCACACCGCUUGCUGGCCGAGACAAAGCGAAUCAUCACCACCAUUCUCGCUAAUCUCGCGCCGCUGACCACAAGCGGCACGACAGGAGAUGCCCAGCGUAGCAGAGAGUACUACUUUACGCAUGAUGUCCUGCUCGCCUGUCUGGACGAUAUCGAAUACUUGCUGAAUGGUGUCCGAAGCGACAAUACAUUCCAGCGCGUCGAGCGCCAUUAUGGCACGCAAAACGCCAUGAUCUUGCGCGAUCAACGAUCCUGCUCACCCCGAAGCGCGACAGAGAGAGCAUACUGGACCGCAGACUACGCUCAGUGGCUCUUGCAGCGGUCACAGAAGUUUUGUCAUUCUUGGGCCAAGGCAAACAUCGGGCUGCCUUUGUCCAGCAUGGAUUUGCAAGGCCUCAACGACAACUUGCCGAGAGAAGACAGACGGAGAACACAGCAGCUGCAGCGUCUCAAUGGAAGCUUCAAAGCCGCAGCGCAAAGUCUGACGGCUUUGUAUCAACAUGCCCAAGCGAUACAGAAAGCUUCGUACCAAUCUGGCUACAUUGCCGCCCUGUACGAUGUUCAGGACCAUCUCCAGCGUGGCCUUGACGUUCAUGGACCGGAGACGGCGUUGGCUCGCAUUAUCGACUAUAUAGAGGCACGACAAGAAGCGCUUCGUAGCGAGUCAGAUGGCGAUGAUGCGGAUGAGCCCCCUCGCUCGCCCACUGUUCGCGUUGCGCCAACGCUCUCGCUCACUCGGCCAAUGGCAUCACGUCCCAAUAUGCAGCCCCCAACAGAGACAUCGGACACCAUCAGAGCUCGUCGUGCGCGCACAGAAGCCGAACGAGCAGCGGCAAGACAAAACUUUGCUCAGCCCGUCGCAGAUAUUGCACGCUCGCCCAGUCCUGCAGCAAUGCGAGCGGAGCAUCAUCCCGAGCCGUCUUCCUCGGCGCCUUCUUCGCCUGCCCAGCAUCAGAGACGAUCAAUUAGACCAGCGAACGACUCUGAAGGCUACUUCAGACUGGGCGCAAGUUCCUCAACUCAACCUGGCAACGUGUCAGCGGCCGUGACUGCAUCACCCCAUGCUGCACCCAUCCGUUCUCAGCCCAAGCGAACGAUGAGAAGCGGCGCUGGUAGCAAGCCUCGCGACUCGACUGGCUCGCAUGGUCUGCCAGAGGGCUCGAGUGUUCCCGAAGCUCGCAAGAGGAGAUGGGCCGACCCUGCUGCUUUACCCGCGUUCAUCGGUAUCACCGGCGUUGAACAGCAGGGUGGCGAUGUACCUGCGAGACCGAUCCUCAACGCUUCUCAGACGAGCGAGAGUAGCCUCGAUAGAUGUGUCGAAUCUAGUGCUCUGGAAGACCGACCUGCAGCUAUGAUCAUCGAUGAUGAGGAUCGACCGCGCAAGACUCGACGUCGUACAGAUACCCCUGUGAGCAAUCCGGCCAAUCUCAGCACCGAGAUUCUGUAG